AUGGGGAAACGGACUCUAGAACAAGCGGAUCUACCCAAUUCGAACAUCUCGCUUUCAGAAGCAUCCCCUGCACCCAAGAAACGCCGCGCUGACAAAGGCAAAACCCCCGCAGAAAAUGGGAGCCAAGACGAUGUCGCCGUUGAAAGCAAAGAAUCGAAGGCCGCUCGAAAGGAAAAGAAGCGCUUAAAGAAGCUGAGAAAGUUGGAAGCGGAACAAGAUGCGGUCGAGUCCGAAACUGCGAAGGAAGAGUCCAAGUCCGAUUCUGCGAAGGAUGAUCCCAAGCCCGAGGCUACGAAGGAGGAAUUGAAAGCGGCAAAAAAGGCGGAGAAAGCUAGACUGAAAGCCCUGAAGAAGUCACAAGAAAAUACAGAUUCAGACACUCCCAAUGGCUCGGCUUCUAUCGCUGCAGAACCUGCCAGUUCGGCACCAGCGCAUAUGAAUGGGAACGGCAAUGCCCCAAUUGAUUCUCCCAAUAACGGGAAUCUUUACACUGAGGAUCCCAAAUUGACAGCGCUUCCGCAAACAGAAAUUGACGAAUUCCUUACAAGCCACUUCAUUUCCAUCACUGACCCGUCUUCGACAAAACAAUUCCGGCCGAUAGUCAAAUUCGACUACUUGCCCGUUAGCGAUCCGGCUCAACUUACACCAUUCAAAGCUUUCAAAGCUCCAACGCCUAUCCAAGCCGCUGCUUGGCCAUAUCUGUCUGACGGUCGAGAUGUCAUUGGUGUAGCUGAGACGGGGUCGGGGAAGACGAUGGCCUUUGCAGUGCCUUGCGCUCGCAGUAUCAUGUCCCUUCCAAAAAACCAGAGGAACAAGGGGGCUAGGGCUGUGAUUGUUUCGCCUACACGAGAGUUGGCAAUGCAAAGUUACGAACAAAUCAUGCUACUAGCAAAAGCUUCAGGCCUGCAAGCUGUUUGUGUCUACGGCGGAGUGCCAAAGGACGAGCAGCGCAGGGCACUCAAGACUGCCGACAUUGUUGUUGCCACUCCUGGUCGCUUGAACGACCUAAUAAAUGAGGGCUCUGCAGAUUUGGGUAGGGCUAAAUAUGUCGUAUUGGAUGAGGCGGAUCGAAUGCUUGAUAAGGGAUUUGAAGAGGAGAUCAGAAAGAUCAUCAAUACAACUCCAAAGGAAAGGCAGACGCUGAUGUUCACGGCGACAUGGCCAGAAUCUGUUCGAGAUUUGGCAGCAACUUUCAUGAAGACCCCUGUCAAAAUAACAAUCGGCGAUAACCCCACUGGAGAUCUGAGAGCCAAUACCCGUAUUGUGCAGAGGGUUGAAGUACUUGAUCCCAGAAAUAAGGAAUAUCGAUUGCUACAGGUCCUCAAGCAGUACCAGAGCGGUGCCCAAAAGAACGAUCGAAUCCUGGUGUUUGCACUGUAUAAAAAGGAAGCGACGAGAGUAGAGGGAUUUAUUCGCUCCAAGGGACUCCGAGUUGCCGCUAUUCACGGCGAUCUCAGCCAGGAGCAAAGGACGAGGAGCUUGGAGGCCUUCAAGCAAGGAACGACUCCUAUUCUCGUGGCCACAGAUGUUGCAGCUAGAGGGCUUGAUAUACCAGCUGUGCAACUGGUUUUAAAUCUGACCUUUCCUUUAACCUGUGAAGAUUACGUCCAUCGAAUUGGACGAACCGGUCGAGCCGGAAAGGAAGGGCUGGCAAUCACGUUCUUCACCGAGCAUGAUAAAGCACAAAGCGGAGGUUUGAUUAAUGUCCUUAAAGCGGCGAAUCAGCCGGUUCCAGAUGAGCUGCUUAAGUUUGGUACCACAGUCAAAAAGAAGGAACACAGUGCAUACGGAGCAUUUUACAAAGAUACUGAGAACGUAAAAGCGGCGCAGAAGAUAAAAUUUGAUUAG